UAGGUUUUCACGAGUGCUAGUCAGCAAAAAAAAAAAAAAGUUAGCGUUUACUUGAUACCAAAUAAAAAUGGCUAACAUAUUUACUUUAAAAAAGUCCGUCCUUUCCUAUCUUAACGCGAGUGGCGGCCUUAAGAAACUUGCCGAAGACUGCGAGUCUUUUAACGACCCCCAACACAACGAGGCCGUGUACCGCUUCUGUAUCACCGUUAAUCCCUCUGACGUGAUUGAGGUGGACCCGGAACUGGGUAACUGCAUAUUACACGAACCCCUACGAGCCACCGCCUUGUUUCAGUCUGUUUGCUUCACAGCCAUGAAGAAACUGGCAAUUGUUGAGAAAAUACAUACAGAGUGCCAGGUGAACGUCAUUUUGAAGCUGACGCACCUGCCUCCGUUUCCCGAGUAUGCCUUGGACCUGGCCGGUUUCCCUCGCAUGCCUCACAGCAUGAGGCCUGUCCUCGUGGAGGGCCUGGUCAUCGCUACCACAAGGGUCACCAAAUACACCCGGGGGGCCAGGUUCCUUUGCAGUAAUGACCACUGUCCCUUCUCUUCAGGAUUCCACACCAUCCGGGUUCACGUGCCUGGAGCCACCGAGUCGGUGACGGUGAGAAAUGACUUCAUAUGCAUGGCCUGCACCUCACCUCUCAGAGAAGACGUCAAGUUCAGAGUGUUGGGAGACAAGCAGCUGGUAGAAUUGAUCCAUGUUGAUGCACUCAACGUCCUCCGUGCCCAUCAACAGAGAUCACUCAGAUACCAGUCGCUCACUCUCUUCCUCAGAGAUGAGCUGUGUAACGUGAUGAGCAUCGGUCAGCUCUACAGGGUGAUCGGCAUACCUGCGCAUGUGCAACGUUCGACCAACAUCACCUGGAGUGUAGAGGCCAACAGCGUCCAACCGUGGGAGCCAGAGUAUCCGCAUGAAAUCAGUGGCAAGUUCAAGAAGCUGUUUAAGGCUACCAGAGAUUCUCCUUGGAAGUUCUCCGCCGUGGUCACUCACUGCUUUGGUCUGGAUGUGGCUCCACCAGGACUCUUCAACACCUUGAAGCUAAGCUUGUUGCUCAGCUUGGUGCAAACCGGAGCGGAUGCAAAAAAUACAGUAUUCAACUUGGAUCUCUUGGUCACAGCAGACGACAAACUCAUAUUAGACAGGUUAAUGGCAUACGGCUUGAGCUUGGCACGUCGCGGGGUACGGCAUUCGGCUCCGGGGGAAAUGUUUGCAUCCCUGUCGCGAGAUGAGCACGGGGCAGGCACCGCCAACAUCCACGCCGGCUCCGCCUUGCUGGCCACCGGUGGCAUUUGCAUGCUGGGAGAUCUGAGUGGCUUCACAAAGGACAAGCUGGAUGCCAUUCAAUCAGCUCUGGACAGCCGCACAGUAUCCAUCUCCAUCCCCGGGAAGAAAUAUGGCGAGGAUGUCGACCAGCAUCUUUGCUUCCCUGUCUUGUGCAGCUUUUGGGCCCUCACAGAUUCCACUCACACUCCACGGCGAUCUGGGAGGGCAUGUGACACCGCACUGGGAGCAGCAGAAAUGGGUGCGAUACCACCUCAGCUGGCAGACAGCUUUGGCCUGGUGGUCCAGUGCAUGGAUCACGCAGGGAAGCAGGCAGCCAUCGCACAGACCGUCCACAGCCUCCAGCAGGCAAUGCAACCUGGGCUAAACCUCUAUCACGCCUUGGCUGACUUCUCCAGCGAAGACUACAAGGAGCUAGUGGCCCACGCACAAAGCCUACAAGUGGACCUCAGUGCUGGUGCGCAGUUGAUGAUCCACGGCUACUACAUGGCCAGCCGCACAGUCCGCUCACUAAGCCACAGUAUCAAGAUGUCCGUGGCUUCCAUUAAACUGCUGAUCUCUUUAGCGGAGGCCCACUGCAAAUUAAGCCUGCGACGGCAAGUACUAGAGGAAGACGCUGUGAUUGCGGUGCUCCUCUGUGAGAACUCUGUCACUCUAAAGCAUGGGGCAUCUGUACUCGUUAUCCCGCCCGACGCCAUGUUUCCAAGUGACCUGGGAGAUGCGAACGGCCUGCUCAAGAGGGACCAAACCCUGAACCAACUCCACCAGGACAUCCUACGCUUCAUCCACGCCUACGCACCACGCGCAGACGCACAUUUUGCGGAGGAGUAGCAGAGGAGAGCCUCGAUAAAUACACAGCAGUUCUGACAAAGUUCGAGUCAAGUGGGCAAUGUACGUUGUGGCCAGUAUCAAUACGUCCAGUUUGGACAGCUUGGUGUCGGGCGGCACCGACGGCAGUGUCCGUUGCAGCUCCAGGAAGGCGUUCCUCAGGGUCUGCACGCGGC